GAUAAUGUAUGUCAAUUUAACAAAGUUUACAGAGCAGGAGGUAAAACAAGUAGUUUGAAGAAUAGCAGGAGCAGUAACAAGAAUACAAUACUAUCACUGGUACCCCAAACUAAAAACCGCUCCUACCACAUCCACCACCAGAUUCACCAUCACCUUCUGUCAAAACUACCCUCCACAAGAAGGCCCGGUAUCACUGCCACAGACCACCCUGUGGUGGAACCACUUCAGCAUCCUUCCAUCAGAACCACUGUCUUGGUGUGAACCUCCACCACUACUACCCCGACCUCCUCCUUAAUCACUACGUCCACAAAAUCCUUAUAGCAUUAUCUUUGUUCUUCAUAUACUAAUUCAAAUCCUCCCAAUAUGCUAUUAAUAUGCUAACUGCAUAUUUUAGGCACCCACUUCAGCCACAGUCGCCACUACCACUGUCCUAACCAGCAGUACAACAACGUCCUCUCCAAGAACCACCCACCACCAGAGCCUUCAUCUGCCAACUUUCUAAAAACAGGAGAUAAGAUUUGGAAAAAACCCAUCUUCAGGUUCAAUGAUCAACUUCAAGCAAUAUUCAAUUGCACUUUUUGUUGGAUAAAUUCGAUCAUCUUAACUGCAACUUUAAGUCCCGGUAUGUUAAAUUAGAGCACCGAAACAUUUGAUUGCAGUGCGACGGUGGUUGGAGCACAUGUUGAUAGCAUACAUAGAGAUGUAGAUGGAGAUACUGCGUAGCUCAUACGGGUACCGGGAUAGAGGGCCGGUGUAGCAUAUAUUAUUAGGAGGAGGAUAAGCAGCCAAAGAGGAUAGACAUAUAGGGGUCAUGAUCUCAAAGAGAGAAAGAAAGGGGAAUAUGCCCAAAUGCUGAGCAAAAACCGAGAUGUAUGAUCGUCUGGAACAGGCUUCAAUUCUUCGACAAGACCAGAUGCUGAAACCUCAGUCACUGCAAUCUGCUCCUCAUGAAGGUUCCAGACAAGCUGAUUAUCUUGCUGUAAGAAGUGGUACAUAUCGUCAUCCAACCCAAGAGCUUGUGUCUUAUGGAGGAAGACUUGAGGCUGAUCCUCGUAUACCAGUAGUUGGAAACUCUUCAUAUGGCGGACAACCUGCUCCUUCAAUCUUGGGAGCAGCUCCUCAGAGGAAUGUGGAUGAUCUUGUUUAUGCUCAAACAUCUGCGAAUCCUGGUUAUGGAGUGAGCCUGCCUCCGGGUAGGGACUAUGGCAUGGGGAAAGGACUUCAUGGAACUACUCUGGAGUCUGACUUUCCUGGUAACCUUUCAUCACGUAGUGGACUUUCAAGAGUCGAUGAUCAGAAAGAUGAUAGAUAUGCUCGUGAGCUUGAUAUAAGGGAAGAGGAGCGUCGAAGGGAGCGACUGCGAGAUAGAGAAAGGGAAAGAGAACGAGACCGCGAACGAGAACGAGAAAAGGAGCGUGAAAGGAAGCGCCUUUUGGAGCUCCGAGAUAAGGAGCGUGAACGUGACCGUGAGCGCAAACGAGCACUUGAAAGUAGGCGUGAACGUACUCCACCGAGAGCAUCUAAGGAUCGCCGCGGUUCCUCGUUAGCUAAGGAUGGAAAAUCCUCAAGACGGGACUCUCCUCGCCGUGAAGCUCUUCAUAGGGUUCAUUCACCUGUAAAAGAAAAAAGGAGAGAAUAUGUUUGCAAGGUUUACACUUCUCGUUUGGUAGAUGUUGAGAGGGAUUAUUUGUCACUAGAUAAGCGCUACCCAAGGCUUUAUAUAUCAUCAGAUUUCUCAAAGGUGGUGGUUAAUUGGCCUAGAGAGAAUCUGAAACUUCCGAUGUGCACUCCUGUCAGCUUUGAGCAUGAUUUUGUCGAGGAUGAGAGUGGUACGGAUCAGAAGGAGCUGUCUGCCAAGCAUUCCGAUACAAUUUUCGCUAAUGCAGAGCAUCGGAGCACUGUUUGGAAUGCAAAGAUGAUUUUGAUGAGUGGGCUCAGCAGAAGUGCUACUGAAGACCUCUCCUCUGAGAAAACUUCAGAUGAUCGAAUUCCACACAUUUGCAAUUUAUUGAGGUUUGCUGUAUUAAAAAAAGAUCGCACCUUAAUGGCAAUUGGAGGCCCUUGGGAUGCUGUUGAUGGUGGAGAUCCAUCACUUGAUGAUUCAUCAUUAGUUCGGACUGUACUCAGGUAUGCAAAAGAUAUGAGUCAUCUUGAUCUGCAGAACUGUCAGAACUGGAAUCGUUUUCUUGAGAUACACUAUGAUAGAGUUGGCAAGGAUGGCUUCUUUAGUCAUAGAGAGGUUACUGUAUUUUUCGUUCCAGAUCUUUCAGACUGUCUUCCCUCUUUAAAUGCAUGGCGAGAGCAGUGGUUGGCACACAAGAAAGCUGUUGCAGAGCGUGAGAAGAAACUCUCUGUAGGGAAAGAGAAACUCAGAGAGAAAAAGAAUCCUUCUAAAGAAAGCACUUCUCCAAGGGAUUCUAAAAAGUCUGAGAAAAAGGAGAUUGUUAGCACUGGACACUCUGCCGAUGCUCAUAAAGAGAAAGAUGGAGAGGUGCAGAAGGCUAGUGUGACUGUCAAAGAUGGAGAGAAAAAUACCAAAAAUGCUGAGAAGAAAGAAAUGGAUGAACUCACUGAUGACACCAAUAAUGUAGAGAAAAAAGCAGCAGGAGCUAAUACUAGUGCUCAAAAGACUUUGAAGCCUGCAAAGAAAAAAAUAGUGAGGAAAAUUGUCAAGAAGGUUACUGAUAAAGUAGUUGGUGGUGAAGAUGGAAGCAAUGACAAUAGCAAGUUAGAAGAUAAAGCUGCUGAAGCUAUUGAUGUGAACUCAGAAACUGCUUGUCAGCUGGACGCAUCGCCUGCAGAUGUCGUGGGUGUCAAAAUGUUCACCAGGAAGAAAGUAGCAAAAAAGCUGUCAGAAGCCGAUGCUACUGUGAAAGAAGUGGACAAAGAAUCUGGUUUGAAAAGUGGUAAGCAGACAGAUUCUGCUGAAGAUAUAGUGGAGGUGAAAUCCGAUGCAACUGGAGUUACUGUGGUGCGGGAUGGACCUGUAAAAAGAGUAGUGAAAAGGAAAAUUAUCAAGAGAGUGCCCAAAAAGAAGGUCACAGCUGGGCUAGCCAACAGUGAGACUAGCGACAGCAAGACUCUGGUUCAUAAUGAGGAUGGAAAAACGAAUAAUGCUGGGAAGUUAAGUGAUAUUGUAGGUGAUGCCCAAGUACCCGAAGACAAGGCAACUGAGGGUGGCAGCUUGGUUAAAAAAUCUUCGACAAUAAAAGCCGAAGUAGAGAGCUCUGAGAAGCACAAUGAUGUGGUGUUAUCAAGUAAAACUGAGAAGACUGCUGGCAAGGUUAAAGGAAAGGAAGAAGAGAGACUUGAUGAGAAGAGAGUUUCUGAGACUAAAAAUGUUCCUGAGAAGGAUAAUCAUGCCGACAGCAAGGAAAAUAUUAAGGGAAAGGCAAAGGUGAAGGAUGGGAAGGAGAGGAAGGAAAAGGAUAAAAAAGAUGAACCAAGAAGCAAAUCAAGCAAAGAUGUGGAGAGAAAAAAAUCUGAAGAACCUCCUCGGCAUCCUGGAUUGAUUUUACAAACGAAAAGUGACAGGGCUACUAAAUUACGAUCAUUGUCACUUUCUCUGGACUCUUUGCUGGAUUAUUCUGACAAGGAUGUUGAAGAAGAAACAUUUGAGCUGUCAGUAUUUGCGGAGUCUUUGUAUGAAAUGCUUCAGUUUCAGAUGGGUUGUCGUGUUUUAACAUUUCUACAGAAAUUGCGCAUUAAGUUUGUCACCAAAAGAAAUAGUCGAAAAAGACAAAGGGAACAAAAUGCUGACAGCAAGAGAAAGGAGAAGACAUCAGCAAAGCGUCAGAAAACCAAAGAUUCUCCUACUGAAGAAAACUCUAGUAAAACCCCGGCAAAAGAUGAAACUCGUUCUGGUGAUGAUAAGUUGAUGGCCAAAUUGGAUGGCGCAGCUGAAAUGGGUACUAAAUCAGAGAAAACUGACGAGGUUGAAAAGCUUAGUGUAGAAGAUGAUGAAGAUAUGGUGGAAGAGGAGGACCCGGAGGAAGACCCAGAGGAAGAUGAAGAAGAAGAAGAAGAAGAAGAUAUGCAGGACGCCAGCCCUCGGGAAGACUCGUCCAAGGAGAUUGUUGAACUGGGAAAGAUUGAUGCGGAGCAGAGUAAGAAACAGGGUGAGGAGAAAGACGCAAGAAAGCAAACUGCAGAAGAUAGUACCAAUGGUGGUGAGAAGAAGGCUAGUGGUGAUUCAGAGCCAAGCAAACCGAAGGAAGUGAGAGCUGAGGUUUCUAAGAAAUUGUCAGCUGAUGUUGCACCAGUGGAUAAGGAACUACUGCAGGCUUUUAGGUUCUUUGAUCGCAAUCGAGUUGGCUACGUUCGGGUGGAAGAUCUGAGGAUGAUUGUUCACAACCUUGGGAAAUUUCUCUCACAUCGGGAUGUGAAGGAACUUGUGCAAAGUGCUCUGUUGGAAAGCAACACGGGACGGGAUGACCGCAUCUUGUACGAGAAGUUGGUGAGAAUGUCUCUUGACAUGGACAAAUAAUUGCCUGGUUUGGAAUUGGCUUUGUUACUGUAUGGUGAUGCUUUAGAUUUAUUAAACAGUUAAACCUUGGAUCAUUUGAAAGAAAUCAACUAUUCUGAAUGGUAUUUAUUUCCUUGGCUAUCGUGGGAAAAAGUGUUUGAAAUGUGUUGGAUUGGGGAGGUGACGCAUACACUGCAAGUCUGCACCGAUGCAAUUUUUGGUAAUUAAAUGCGUUGCCUCCAUGGCUCCGUAGUGUAGAUUUUUGAUACGGGAAACUUUACCCUGUUUGUACACACUUCCUUGAUUAAACGGUGUAGAAUAGCUAGAUCUUUACUGUUGUGCA